AUGGCGCCUCGCGAAUAUCCCCUUACUGCUGCUUAUGCGAAGUUCGUGAAUGCCGGUCUGAUUGAACAUAUUGGGCAGGGUGGGAAGCCAGCAAGUCUGCCUGCUGGGGUACAAAAUGCGACCCAAGACCUGACUAAAAACCAAAACGACAGGAUCAAAAAGCAUCUAGAGAACGAAGUUAACCGAAUACUCGAAGGGCAAUCUGCAGUCCUGGAUAUGGGGCCCAAAUACAAAGGCACGAGCGAAGAUGCAAAGAAAUUUCUGCAGGAGAUUCUUGAGCUAGGAGAGAAAGCGAACAUUGACAAUGCGCAUGCAGCGCUUGAAAAGGUGAAUUCAUUCAGUCCUGCUGCGCUUGAAACAGAGGACAUUGAGGUUAGUGACGCACCGCAACCAGGGAUAUCGGAGCCAGCGGCACCCGUGGGCGCAGCAGCAGCGCAAGUGAAGGAAACAAAACCUGAAGAGGAAUCACGCGAAGACGAAGCACCUGGCGCGGCUUCACCCGAAGAGGAAAUACCAGAAGAGGAAUCGCCCCAAGAGGAAUCAUCCCAAGAGGAAUCACCCCAAGAGGAAUCACCCCAAGAUGAAUCACCCCAAGAGGAAUCACCCCAAGAGGAAUCACCCGAAGAGGAAGCACCUGGCGUGGCUUCACCCGAAGACGAGGCGCCUGGCGUGGCUUCACCUGAACUGCAACCGAGAUCCGGCGUCCGUACUUAUAGAAAGGGAAGGAGAUUUCCUGCCGGGGAAACUGCUGAAGCGUUUAAAACGGAGAAUAUUCCCUGGACAAAAGGGGACCUACAUGAUUGGCCGUGGUGGACUUAUCCGCUACCCAACGGCGGCGCGAUUAUGGCUGAGAAGAAGACCUAA